AUGAAUCAUCAGAGAUAAUUUUAAAGUUUGAGAAGUGUCCCAGAUGUAUAAGAAAGUGAUGAAGUUGAAGACCGAGUAUUUUACUAAAUGGUAGGAACAACUAGAUAAGAAUCUCAUUUAAUCAUAAAUAGUGAUCGGACAUCUAUUGAGGAAUGGAUAAAGCUACAACAAAGUCUAAAAGAAGAAUAAUACAAAAUGAGACAGGAAGAUGAACUAAAAAAUAAAUUGUUAGAUGAGUUGAAGUAGGAAAGUAAGUAAUAUUACUAAACUUAUAUAAAUGUAUUGGUUGAAAGUAAUAUGAAUUAAGAGUAAAAGAUAUUGGAAGAAUCUACAUCUAGAUUAUUUAAAAAUGCAGAAACUAAUGUGAAAUAGAUAUUUGAAAAAUUAUCUAAUACUAAAGUAUGUUCUGCAAUAUUCUAACAUCACAAUUAUACAAACAGAACUUAAGAAAUAGAGACUUUAAUAAGAACAUUUAUAAAUAGUAUAUAUGAUAACAUAGCAUGUGGAUCAAUGUGGAAAUAACCUAUUUUGAAAUUAAUGAGUGAAAUUAUUACCACAGAAGUUAAUAGAUAAGAAUUUCCUGAAUUUUUGUGGGAUAGAGAAGAAACUUGGACAUAAUUUAUUAUGAAAGAAUUCACAAAAAGACCUGAAAAUGUCAAAUAUACUAAAGUCAUUUUUAAAAAUUCUUUGAUUCAAAUCACUAAAGUUGAUAAAUUUUUAGAUUUAGAUAAAAGAAAAAUUUCUGAUAAAUUGCGUGAAAUAAAAAAAGAAUAAGAAAAAAAAUAGAAAGAUGAAAAAUAGCCUUUAACUUCUUCUGCUAUUACUAUUAGAUAAAUACCUAACACUCCAAAUUAAUUAAAUAAGUCAGUACCUCAAAGAUAAAUUGCGUUUAUAACUCCAAAUAAAAUAGUAGAAAAACCUUAAUAAAAUAUGACAGAGUAUUAUGCAAAUCUAAUUAAAUAAUAUGAUCAAUCAAAAAAAUCUAAUACAAAACAUUCAAGAAGGAAUUAAAAUUAAUUGACUGAAUUCUCAUUAAAAGUACUUUAAUUUGGAGAGGAAUAAAGGUAGGCUAAAUUCUUAACCAUGGAAAGGAGAAGUAUUGCACCUUAAGAAAUUCAUUCUGAAUCACCAAAUCGUAAAUUAUCAGAAGUUUAUAGUCAUAAUAGUAAAUCUGAUUAAUAAAUGAAUAAUGAAAUAAAUAGUGUGUUGAUUGCUUGCAUUGAUAAAUUUAAAUAACUAGUAAAUAAUAUCAUGGAAAAUAUUUUUAAAAACAUCUACCUAAUACCUUAAGGUAUAAGAAUCAUUUGCAAAAUGAUUUAAAUUUCAAUCCUAAAAAAGUUCCCUGAUGCCACUGAAUAAUAAAUCUAAGAUAAUAUUUUUAGUUUCUUAUUUAAUGUUUGGCUUAUACCUUAACUUGUAUUUCCUAAACAAUAUUCUUCUUUUAAAUAUAUUCGUGAAGAUCAUGAAGCUACUGUUUCAUAAAUUCAUACUAUCAUCAAAAAAAUGAUUAGAAAUUAAAAAUACAAUGAAGAUCCAUAAUAUAAUAGAUUAAAUUAAUAUAUGUCAGACUUAUAGCCUUCUCUUAAAGAAUAUCUUCAAGAAAUUUUAAAUUUAUGUCCUGAUUCUGUUAAUGCCAUUAUUAAUGAUACUAAUAAAAUAGAUGGAAUUCAAUCAAAUUGUGUUUGUAUAGCUUUAGAUGAAAUUAAAGUUUUAUGUUUAUUAUUAUAAGACAUGAAGAAUUUCAAAAGUGAAUCUCCUGAAUUUUAAAAAAUUAUUAAUAGUCUUGUGGCUUAUGCAACAAGAACUUUGGAAAUAGAUAAACAUGAAAACAUUUUUAGACAACAAUAAAAUUAAUAAAAUUAAUAGUAAAUAUAUGCUUUGAUCUUAAUAUUUUCUAUUCCAAACAAUAUAAUGUAUUAAGAGUAGGUAUAACCUUUGAAAAAGAUAAAAGAUGAAAAUUUAAGAAAUUAAAGAAAACUUGUUAAUUCUUUGAUGAAAUGUUUAAUAGAAAUAUAAGAUGUAGCUGUUUCAACUUCUGGAAAUUAAGAAGAAACUAGUCUUAAAAGAGUACUUAACAAUUUUGUUGAUGUAAAUAUUUAUUUUAUUUCUUAAGAAAUACACUUAUUUAAAUGAUAAAAAAACUGUAUUCUUGUUAAAAUAUAUAUUGGAGCAAAUAAAAUAAUUAAAUAAUUAAGAUAUUUAAAGUAAUUUAAGAAAUAUUUUUUAAAUUUUGAAUUAGGAAUUUUAAGAACGCUCAAAGAAUUUAACAGAAAUUAUUUAAUAAACAAAAUAUUAAUUAUUGAGUGCAAAGUAUAAUAUUAAGAAGAAUUAUGAAGUGAUGAGAGAAUCUUUUGAAUAAUUAAGUCAAGAAAAAAGAUAAAAAUAAUUAUAUGAUUUUAUCGAAAAAACACCUCUUACAUUAUGUGUAACAUCUCCUAAAACAAGAGAAGGUUUGUUUUCUAUAAAAGCUUAGAAACUCAGAAAUAAUAAUAGUGAAGCUUUGGAUGAGAAUUAAAUUUGGGUAGAAUAAUAAAAUGAAUGCAUUCAUAAUGCAAUUAAUUUAGAAUUUAUAAAACAAAUAGUAGGAGGAGCAAGUCCAAAUGAAUAAAAAAAAAAUUCUGAAUUUUAAUAUUCUCAUUGUUCUGAUAUAAAAUAAUUUAUAGAAAACUUUUCAUCUUUAUAAGAGGUAAAAGAGGCAGUAAUUUCUGGAGAAGAUAAAGCUGGAGUGAAGAAUGCAUAUUUUGAAUUUAUAUAGGCAUUAGCUAAUUAUUUAAAAGAAAAGAACGAAAUGAAAAUUGAUGAGGUUUAGAUGAUGGAUAUGCUUGAAAAAUAUGUAAGUAAGCGUGUUUACGAUAAGUAAAAUAUUAAUAUAAUUAAUAUAGAGUCUAUCCAAAAGAAAGAACUUAUAAAGAUGCUGGUCUUUAUUUUAGAAUUAAAUCUUUGGAAUGGAUAAGUUAUGAUCAUUUAGAAAUAAUUAAAUAAAAUAGAGUUGAUGAGAUGUGGGAUUUGGCUGUUGAAGGUUUUAAAAAUCUAUUAUUUUUGUAGCUUUGUUGAACAUAGAUAAUUGUAAGACAGCUGUAAAUAAAUUAGAAGCAAUUAUAACAUGUUCUAAAAUUAUGAAUGACGUUCUUAAAUUAACAUCAUUAAAGGAAGAAGCCACUUCUGCAGAUACUGUAUUACCAAUUCUCAUUUACAUAUUGAUUAAAGCAGCUCCCUAAAGAUUACAUAGCAACCUAAACUUUGUCUAAAUAUUUUUAGAUAAAAGCAAGAAUGUGAGUCAAUAAGGCUAUUGUUUAACCUAAUUAUAAUUGGCAAUUUAAUGGUUAGAGGAGGUAGAUCAUAAAUUGUUAAAAAUGGAUUAGUUGAACUUUCUAGAGUAAUUUAAAUAUAUUUAUUUAGAACCAUAACAAAAGCAGAGAUUAGAUAUGGAAUUCAUUAUUUAAAGAGGAGAAAUAGAUCAGAGAGAAUUUCUAUGCCUUUAAAUAAAAUUUAAGCACUUAUCAAUUGA